GAGGCAACAUGAAAUCCAUGGAGUAAAUAUUUUACCUGGGAACUUGUAGGUGCACUAACUCAAGGAACCUUCAUCCCUCACUUGUUGUAUCUUUACACAACCAACUCAAUCUUUACAACCUGGACACAGUAUAUGCACAUAAAACCAGAAUCUAUAGCUGUAAAUGCUUCAUUCUCUAUUCUCUCAUUGCCAAACAUUUCACUCCUAUAAAUAACAAGACCAUCUUGUUCAUAAACAUCACAAACAAAUAUACAACAAUAUCUUGUCAUAUUUUGCAUUCUACAACUGCAAUGUCUUUGGUUAUGCUAAGUUCUAUACUACUUGUUAUGAGCACCCUGGCUCAACUAGCUGCUGCUGAUUUCUACAAAGACGCGGAAAUCACUUGGGGCGAUCAGCGUGCCAAGAUAUUGAAUGGCGGUCGAGACCUCACUUUGUCUCUAGACCAAACUUCUGGCUCGGGAUUUCAGUCCAAGAAUGAGUAUUUGUUCGGAAGAUUUGACAUGCAGCUCAAGCUGGUCCCUGGCAACUCUGCUGGCACUGUCACCACAUUUUACCUAUCUUCUCAAGGAGCCGGACAUGAUGAGAUUGACUUUGAGUUUUUGGGGAACUCUUCGGGGAGUCCAUAUACAAUCCACACCAAUGUGUUUGCGCAAGGCAAAGGCGACAAAGAACAACAAUUCCAGCUCUGGUUCGAUCCCACUUCUUCCUUCCACACCUACUCCAUUGUUUGGAAUCCACAAAAAAUCAUUUUCUUGGUGGAUAACAACCCCAUCAGAGUAUUCAACAAUCAGGAAUCAAUAGGGGUGCCUUUCCCCAAGAAUCAGCACAUGAGGGUCUAUGCCAGCCUAUGGAAUGCUGAUGACUGGGCAACACAAGGCGGACGCGUCAAGACUAACUGGACUAAAGCUCCGUUCACAGCCAACUACAGGAACUUCAACAUAAAUGGAUGUCCCAAGACAUCCUCCGGUUCAUCGUCUUGUGGAUCAUCCACCGCUUCUUCAAACACCAACGAGGGAUGGCGAACACACGAGCUGGAUGCAGCUGGCCGAAAUAGACUUCGAUGGGUGCAAUCAAAGCAUAUGGUGUACAACUACUGCUCUGACAAAAAGAGGUUCGCUAAUGCUGUCCCUGCAGAAUGCAAACACUCAAGGUUCCUCUAGAUCACACACUCGUGAUUAUUGUGAUUUCCACGAAGAUAUACACAUUCUUUAUUCUUUUAUUCUUUUUAAUAAAUGUUGUACUUCUCUAAUAUAUCAAGAAAGAAAUUUCUUACUACA